AACCAUUAAUUUUUUUUUUCCUUUUUAAAUAAGAAAUAUAUCUCAGAAAACAAAAACAAUAGCUUAUACGGUGCCCGGAUCGAACCAUAGACCGAUUGGAAACCCAUUUUUGAGAGGAGCAGAACCAAGUUCAGAAUGGGAGAGACAGGCCAUUGGCUUCAGCAAGGAUGAGGAAAAUAACAACGAGCGUAAAACCUGUUCCGGAAUUCAAAAAUUUGUUUCAUUAAUUUCCAUAGAAACCCAAAAAGCAAGACUUUUGCUCAAGCAAUUUUACCCAAGAUUUUUCUUUUUCUCUUGAAAUUUUACCCCGAAUCCAAGUAUGCACUGCAAGAUGUGCACUUUGUUCGAUUCCAUGGCGGUCCUGAUGUUGUUUUUGGUUCUGGGUUCGAGUAAUUUUGGCAAUUGCAUGGCAUCCAGUUCCCUUUUGUCUUCUUCUGAGUCAACUAUGCACACUAACAAUUGGGCUGUUUUGGUUUGCACAUCUCGCUUCUGGUUUAAUUAUCGACAUAUGGCCAACACUUUAUCCUUGUAUAGGACAGUCAAGCGACUAGGAAUACCUGAUGAGAGGAUAAUACUAAUGCUGGCAGAUGAUAUGGCCUGCAAUGCUAGAAACAAGUACCCUGCCCAAGUUUUCAACAAUGAAAACCACAAACUCAACUUGUAUGGUGAUAAUGUUGAGGUCGAUUAUCGAGGUUACGAGGUGACAGUUGAAAACUUUUUACGUGUCUUGACUGGGCGUCAUGAAACUGCUGUUCCAAGAUCAAAGCGUCUCCUAAGUGAUGAAGGAAGCCACAUUCUUUUGUAUAUGACAGGCCAUGGGGGAGAUGAAUUUUUGAAGUUUCAAGACUCAGAAGAGCUCCAGAGUCAUGACUUAGCUGAUGCUGUGAAACAAAUGAAAGAAAAGCAUAGAUUCAAGGAGCUGCUGAUAAUGGUGGACACUUGCCAAGCUUCCACUCUAUUCUCUCAGCUUCAAUCACCUGGAGUCUUGGCUAUUGGAAGUAGCAUGAAAGGAGAAAACUCAUAUUCUCAUCACCUAGACUCUGAUGUUGGUGUUUCUGUUGUUGAUCGUUUUACAUUCUACACCCUUGCCUUCUUUGAGCGGCUAAAUAUGUAUGAUAAUGCCUCAUUAAGCAGCCUUUUCAACUCAUAUGACCCAAGCAUGUUGAUGUCAACUGCACAUUAUCGAACAGAUCUAUAUCAGCGACGUCUGGAUGAGGUACCUGUGACAAACUUUUUUGGUUCGGUCAUGGAAACCAUACAUACUGAUUCAGCUUACAGAGCUCUGCCUAGAAGAAGCUCUGCUGGUGUUGAAGUAAAGAUGCCUUCAGAACAAUCAGCCCACAAUAAUGAAAGAGAGAUGCUGAUAGAUUCAAAUAUUGCAAAUCAAUCUAGCGGCUUCAAGACUGAGGAUCAAAAGGGUGUUCUUACACGUCUAUGGGAUACUUUUGGUGACAGAAUUGAAAAAAUUGAAGAUGUUGAUUCCUUUGUGAGCUAUGGCUUGUUUAUGAUGCCUCCAAUAUUGCUGCUAUUCUCGUGGCUAUCAUGGUGAAGGUUUUGGACGUGGUCUUUAGAGUAAAUCCAUUUCUAUCAUGGCAGUUAUGUCUUUUCUGACCAUAAAGUUGAUCCCUGAGAAUACAGAAUUACAACAUAAAUGGAAGCUUCAGCGCUCGGAGUAUUACCAUGGCUCCUAUGUGACAAGAGAUAGAGUGAGGAAGAGAGAGGGAGCUAUUUGUUGCAUUUUCAACUUCUUCACUAUAUCAUGUUUCAAAUCCAAGCUUUGUUCUCAGCCAAUCACACAUGGACUUUGUGGGGAACCAAGUUUUUCAGUGAUUUCUCGAUUCAUCCAUGUUUAAAAAAUUGAAUUGGUCGAUGGAAGGCAAUGAUUUCGUACUUUAAAAAUCGUUUAUUUGACAUUCAAAGAUGAAAUCGGGGGUAUAUGUGAUAUAACAUGUUAGUAAGUGAUCAUAGUAUAACAGUUUCACGUUUUGCACUAACAAAGAGAACCAUUUAACAAGUUUAUAAUCAAA